UAACUGCCGUUUAGGGUUUAGGCGGGGAGAAAACUGAAGGCGAUGGCGACGGGGGAGGAGACGAGAGAAGCAGCAGAAGAGAGCUUCGAGAUAGGGGGAGCAGAGGACGCAUCGGGGUCUGCCCACGGUGGGAAGGCGGAGGAGGGCAUGACGCCUUGGGAGCAGCACGCAGCGGUGAUUAACCUCCCCCGUUACGACUACGCCGCCCCCUCCUCGCUUCUCCACGAAUCCCGCUCCGGGUUUCUCAUCACCUGCCCCAUCAAACGUGAGAAAAGUGCCACAAAGGAAGCCAUUUCCCUUCUUGAAGAGUUUGUUAGCUGUACAUCUAGAAGUAGUGAGACCUGCAGUACAGAGAUUCCUGCCAAGAAAAGGAAACUAUCUACAGGAGUAGAUCCUGAAAAUGCUGAAAGCGAAGAAAAGAAUGGAGUCAAUAGUGUUUUGGAGGCUUCUGGUGAGGAUCUCAAAGGGAGCAAUAUUCUUUCAUUGAUGAAGUUAACAAGGAGUGGUUUGCUUCUGUUCACCUUUCCUAACAAUAUUUCCUGUCCCGUGGUUGGUGUAGUAUCAAAUAUAUUUCAGUUUUUGAGAUCUGGAAAGCUGAAACCUCCUCUCUGGUGCCAUCGCAUCUUUCCUAUUCAAGAAACUUGUGUCCUUGAGGAGAAGGAUCUACAAUUAGUUGUUUCAAAACUUAUGCGAGAAUACUUGGGCAAAGAUCAGGAGAAACUUGAGCAAACUAUUAAGUUUGCAGUCGGAUAUAACAGAAGAGGCAUUGAUGAGACGGAGAUGAAGUCACAGAAACAUACUAAUAAGGGCUCAGUGGGAUCAACUUUGUUGGGUCGUGAAGCAUGUUUCAAAGUUGUAGCGGGGGCAGUUAAAGCUGUUGCAAAAAAUUCAGUAGUCGAUCUUAGGUCUCCCGAGGUGGCUGUGCUUGUAGAACUAUUACCCAUUUCAGGGGUUCCACUUGGAUCAUUAGUGGUUGGAGUAUCUGUUCUUCCACUAGAAAUUGUCACCACCAAGCCUCGGCUCUGCGUCAAGUCUCUCGUUGCUGAUAUAAAUGUUACAACGAGAAAUGUUUAAAUGCAAAGACAUCUGCUGCUGCUGUUCAGUGCUCUCCACCGACACAAGGGCAUUACCAUCCCUGGUCAUACUAGUGGUGCUUACCAUUCCUCCUUGUCCAUGAUUUCCUAUAUCCAGAAGAAAUUGGACCAUAGAUCAUGCCAUCUUAUGUUGGUCUGCGGUUGCUAGAACACCCAACAUGGCUAAGGACAAAAGAAGCCAGCAGCAGUGAUGGUACGCAAUAACUUUUUUCAUUAUCAACCAAAAAGUGUUUUUCAUGUGACUGUUGUACUGUAAAUGUUAUUUUUUUUAGUUUCGGCAUCCUGAAACAUUUUUUUGUUUGCUCAAUGGUGAACUCUUACGGACUCUUGAAUAUGAAUGGUCGAGAACAGCAAGGCCGAUGUUAAACUCGGGAUGAACGCUGUUUGUUUACUAUGAAACAUAAUCAGCAAUGACCAAUGAGUUUUUGGACU